CCUGGUCCUCCUAUAAGAGCACACCCGAGUAAGAACGUCAGUAGCUCUUUAGAGAGACCAAACCAUUAAAAAAAUAGACAUGCCGUCAGACGGAAUGCCAACCUGUCAUGCCAGACGGCUUCAGAUGCUUAGAGGAUUCCUGCUGAAGGUAAGACUCCACAUGCACUUGUAUAGAAAAAUUGUAUUGUAGUGGGAGGCACCAGGAUCAGGCUUUCAUAUGAAGGAUCACUACACCUGUUGCACAUUAUCUGGGUGUAGAGUUAAGGGGGAAAGACCACUUCAUGCUGUUUUUUACCUUAUUUUGGGGCAUUUAGACUCAAUGCUCCAUAAAAGCUAGUCAAAAAAACUUUCCUUUUUUGCUAAAUGACUAGUUUCCAUGGAUGAGUCAAAUUACCUUUUUGUGACUAACAAUUACUGCCCCCAAUGCAGGUUUGCAUGUCAGGGAGCUAUUAUGACGUCAAUUUGUCGUGUGGGAUGUAGAUGCAGUUUAUGCUUUUGCAAAAGGUCAUUUUCUGAGUCAGCAGUUUUUCUGUCUUAAAAUAAAGGUUCUUUAUUGCCAUUGAUGGUUCCAUGAAGACCCUGAACAUCAAUGGAACCUUUCCACUGCACAAAAGGUUCUUUAGAUUAUUAAAAAGAUCUACAGAAAAAAAGCACUGUUCAUUGAGAGGUUCUAUAGAAUCACUGCAAAAACACGCUUUUGGAGUCUUUAUUUUUAAGAGUGUAAGGCAACAUGCAGUCUGUAUUCAAAGCAUCGUGCAGAGCAAAGCCAUCUGGACUUUUCGUACAUGCUUUCAGAUCAGUAAGGUUUGCAAAACAAAAUGUAUUCAGAGCGUCAUCCGUCAAGCAUUGUAUCCAUUGCUUUGACAGAAAGGAGUGUAUCUGUCUGAUAAGAUGCAGGUGGCUGAGAGUUUGUUUCUGGUGGCAGGUGCCCAGCUGGCGAAGUGUGUGUGUCCUCUAUUCCCUGUACUGCGUCCUGAUCCUGCCAGACGCCGGCGAGGCUGCCAAAGCACGCUGUGGACGAGAACUAGUUGCUGACCUGGAGUUUGUGUGUGGGGACCGUGGCUUUUACAGAGGCAAACCUGGAGCAGCCCGUAGCGGCGGUCCUCGCUCUCGUGGGAAAGGGAUCGUAGAGCAGUGUUGUGUGCGUGGAUGUGACCUCCAGCAUUUGGAGUCGUACUGUGCAAAACCCAAAAGGGUGCAGCGUGAUGUCCCUGCAUCUCUGCAACAGACUCUGGAAGAUCAGUUUUGGCUUGUGUUUCUGAGGCAAUACCAGAAGCAUGCAGAGAUGAACAGAGAUGAGGAGGCUGCUUCUGAAAGACUCAGAGAGCGAAUGCUUUACCGAUGGCACUCCAGAGAUUCAGUAUUACUAACCAACCCACCCCCCAACACAACAGCAUCCUUCCACUGACACAGUGACAUCAGGACCAACAUUUAUCCACCACAUCCUUUUUGGAUCUGUGUGGACCCUAUGAAUCACCUUCCUUUUCUAAAAAAAAAAAAAAAAAAAAAAACUUUUCUGUCGUUGCAGACAUUUAAACUGAGAACUAUGUAAGAGAAACUAUAGAGGACAAAAUGCCAAAGCCACUCAUGCCAUGAAAGUGAAGAUCAGGGUGUCUGUGUACCUGAAUUCUCAUGGCUUGUACUAGUUUCACUAAGCACAUGCUGAAUACAAUAUGAAUUGUAUUUUUCCAUUCAAUUUUGUUUUCGGCUUCCCUCCAAGCAUUGACUUCAGUUCUCAGAUGCAUUUGAAUAAAUGAGUUCAAAGCAAUUUAAGGAUGAAAGUUGACAGUGUUUAGAUGCUAUACUGCUAUAUGUUACACUGACGGCUGAGGCAAGUCAUUUUGAAUGUAAAUGUGAUGUUCUUUAAUGAAAGAUUACUGAUAUUAGCGAAUAUAUUUUCUUAUGUUUUUUACAUUUAAUUUAUGUUCUCUGUGAUUAGGGUUUUCUGAUAGUUGUGAAAUAUGUAUCUACAAGCAGAUUUGCACAAAGACAGAUUCCAGACCUUCUAGUGAGAGCUGUAGGAUCGACUGAAAGUCGUAUGUUUCUAAGAUUUUUUUGGAUUAUUAGAUAUCGUCCCAAUGACCUCUAAGGCAAAAACAUUAGUCUGUUUAUGCUGAAUAAAUAAUAUCAUCACA